AUGGCCUUCCGCAGCGCAGGAACUCUGCUCACCGACUUCAAUGCUGCUUUCCUGCCCCCCGGCCUCAUGCCCGGGUACCAGGGUCAUAUGCCCGGGAUGGCCUUCUCCUUUGGCUCCCCGUAUGGCUCCACCACCUUCAAGCACUUCCAGGACCAGCGCAACAAGGCCAUGGCAAAGGGUCACCGUGGGUCCCCGAACUUUCUGCCCUCUCUGCCAGCCGCUGCCCCUGCACUGCUGCUGAGCUACCCAGACCAUCCCAGCACGCGUUUCAACUUGGAUGUGGGCCGCGCAGCACACUUUACAAGCUUCUACCAGCAAGUUCAGCAACAUCGGACACAAUACCUGGACCGGUCUGGCACCGUGAACCGUGUCCCUUAUUUUGUGCUGCCUGUGAAGGAGGCGGAUCGGUACCCCAUCACCUCUGACCUGCCUUCCCUGACCCCGAAGCAGAAGUGGCAUCUUUUAAAUGUGUCUCCUGAGAACCUGCGAACCUACCAGACAUUUCCGUCGGGGAAGAGAGUGUCCUCCCAGGAAAGGCAGAGGAGAAACCUCUACUUUGAGUUCCGAGCAUGACGUGGAGGCUCCCCAAGGCCCUGGACUUGGGGAAUAAAAUCUGGCCCAGACGUUCCCUGCUCUACUGAGGCUUCGGGGAGA